AUGUCUUACUUGCAAAAAUACAGAGAGUUCGGGAUUAUCGGAAGAGGAAACUUUGGUAAAAAAUAUUCAGGAAGUGCUCAUUUAGUUCAAAGCCUUCAAGAUAGCCAGCAAUAUGUCGCUAAAAAGAUUGUCCUGGGAGGAAUGAGUGACAAAGAAAUAAGAGGGGCUCACCAGGAAGCAGAGCUUCUUAGAAGAUUGAAUCAUCCAAACAUAGUGAAGUAUAAAGAAAGCUUCUGUGAAGAAGGCCUGCUUAUAAUUGUUAUGGAAUACUGCAAAAUCGGAGAUCUUGGGUAUCAUAUCAAACAAAAAGUGAAGCAGAGAGAAACGUUUACCGAAACUGAAAUCAUGAACUGGUUUGUUCAAAUGUGUAUGGCUCUGCAAUAUAUACAUUCUCAAGGAAUUCUGCAUCGAGAUAUCAAAUCAUCCAAUAUAUAUCUUACUGGAAAUAAUACUGUAAAGCUAGGAGAUUUUGGAAUUUCUAGAGUCUUGCAAGGGUCUGAGGCUGCCCAGACAGUGGUAGGGACUCCAUACUAUAUGAGUCCUGAAGUGUGCGAAAAUAAGCCUUAUAGCUAUAAAAGUGAUACAUGGUCACUUGGAUGCGUUUUAUAUGAACUUUGUACCCUUAAGCAUGCAUUUUCUGCUGAUAAUUUACUUGGGUUAGUAUUUAAAAUAGUGACAGAGAGGGCAGAACCAAUUCCCUCAUAUUAUUCCCCUCAAUUGCGAUCAAUAGUACAGUAAUCCUCAAAUAGAAAUUUACUUGUCAAAGAUUCUUCUCAAAGAAUUUCCAUAAGCGAGCUCUUGAGAACCCCAUAUGUUUUAUCGUUCAUGCAAAACUUUGUGGAUACAAAUGGACAAAGCUUAACGACUGUCAGAUCGUUAAGCAUAAGAAAGACCGCAGUCCAGGUACAAGAACCUCCGAGUCCCGCCAGCCCUGAUGAGACGCCGAAGCAAAGGUUGGCACGAAUAAAAAGGGAAAAGGCGGAACAAGAAGCAGAAAAGCUUAAACAAGCUGCCAGAGAAGCUUAUAUGACGAAUCAAAUGUAAGAUAAAUUUAGAACAAAACAAAGAAAGCAGGAUAUGCUGUAUUCUUCGCCAAGCCAGCGACAACAAAACCAAGCUGUAAUUAAACAAGCGAUGGCUCCUCCUCGAGACUUGAGUGGAAGUGGCUCAACAAUUGCAUCAUUAAUGUUUACUAACCAAAAAUCAUACGAAAGGGCUGAAGAUUUAUCAGAGCUGACUGAAGAAUUUAAUUUAACUCGGUCUCAAGACUUGAACACAGAAGAAAACUAUAGAAACUAUUUGAAAUAUGCCCAGCCUACCGAAGAUACAAUGACAUACUCUGACACAUUUGAAGCCUCAGCUUAUACUAAUGUCUUUGGCACCAAAAAUAAUCCUCAUGAUGACAGGCCAAUUCGGGCAUCAGGACAAUAUAACUUGAAUUUCGUUGACGAUGGAAACCCUGAAAUUGCAGAAAACAACCCAGAAGAGCUCACACAAGUCAUUAGUAUGUAUAGGAACCAAAUGAAUAAUGGCGGAAGACUGGAAUUUAUAGAGGAAGCUUCAAGAGAAUCAAGCUCAGGCUUGUCUCCUACUAAAAUUGUCGUUGAUAAAAGAGAUUCGAUGAGAAAACAAUGUGUAGACUGUAUGGGAGAGAAACUAUUUAAUGAAAUAUAUCAGUUUUUGAGGAGACAAAGACAGCUGGAAACUCCAGAUGAUAUCAUUUUAGAAGAAGUAAAAAAACGAUGGGGAAGAACAGCUACGAAUUAUUGCUUUUUAGUAGAUCAGCUUAUUUUUGUGGAGCUAUUUUAG